GCGCAAGGAGUACUAUAGGCAAAGCGUGAACGCCAUGCCCAAGCCCAAAUGUCAUAGGCAAAGCACGUGCCCUACUGUUACAUCUUGUCGCUCAAGGUACCACAACUGCCAUCUACUUCACCAUCUGCAAAUACACCGCCAACGAGAUGAACGCCUAUUUUGCAAGACAACUCAACAAACGUCGUUUGAUGUUCCCAAUAUCAACUCUUGAACAACAAGACCUUAAAAAACACGACCGGGGCUCUUUAUCUUGGCGAAGCAUCGAAAACCCUGUACUUCAGGAGUUCCCUAUCGAUACUAUACUGAAAUGGAAACAAAUAGUAGGAGCCGGAGUAGAUGGUUUUGUUUCUAUCAUUGAGCUAUACGGAGGUGAAAAACGUGUAGUAAAAGUGUAUUGGGAGCAGGACCAUCCAAAAGAUCUCACCUACUGGGCUUUCCAACGCGAAUAUCAAAAUGCCGCCAUUAUAUCCAUCAUCAAAGCUCAAGCUAGAACAGCUGAAGCAGAUGGACGGAAUAUUUUUCUCUACGACAGUCCAUGUAAUGAGGCUCAAGUCGAAGAAAACCUGCAUGCAUUCUUUCCCAAAGAACAACAGGGUUCAAUUCCACCUGAAUCAAGCAUAGUUCCUUUUGGACAUAUUGAAAAAUUACAGCAGAGUUAUGGCUGGCUGAAAAUAGAUGCACAAGAACUUGUCGAAAAAUGCAAGCGUAUGGGAUCAAUUCCAGGAUAUACCAAGUGUCGAAAGCUACAGCGUCAUCUCCUUAACUCGGGGGACUACUAUGGCAUCGUCUACGACUAUGUUGAGAAAGGGGAAAAUGAUUUUGAGCAGAUCACUCGGCAACAGAGCCUUUAUUUACGCCUCGGAUUCCUCUUCGAUGGGCGUUAUCUUGAGCAAAACUGGCGUGACAGCAUUCUUGUUGACCUAUCGGAUAUUGUGGCAUUUAACAAGCUGGAUUGGUCGAUAAAUAAUUACAGAGCUUGCCUUUAUAACUUUAGUACAACAAAGGUUAAAGUUUGAUUUAUAUCUGAAGCCAGCCAUACAUCUACACAUUAAGCCAGA